AUGUGUCAACUAGGUGGAAUUCUACAUAUUUGGAAGUUUGACAAAUAUUGGAAGGAAUAUAGUACAGUUUUAGCUUUUGGAGCUAUUUUUGCCCUGCGUUUGAAGCUUGUUUUCUUAGACUUUUGUUACACAAAAAUUGAUCCAUUUACCUCCCAAAAUAAGGUUAAAAAUAUAAGAGAAAACUUUGAGAAGCUAUAUGAAGAAUAUGUGAGCAAUCUCAAAGGAUCAAGUGCUUCUAAUUCUCAUUCAUCCAUCAAAUCCAAUCUCUUGCACAAGUCAAGUGGUGAAAGCAAUAGGAGUUUGAAAGGUUUGAGAAUGAAAGUCAGCAUCUCAACAGUUAAGUUUGCCAAUGAAGCUUACCUAAGAGAUGAGCAUAUAAAUGCAAAACAACAUUCCAAGAAGGCAAAAGAAAAAUUACAGAUGGCUCAUCAGCUUAGCUCCUCUCAACAGUUUAAGUCUGCUAACGAAGCUUACCUAAGAGGUGAGCAUUUAAAUGCAAAACAACAUUCCAUGAAGGCAAGAGAAAAAUUAAAGAUGGCUCGUGAGCUUGACUGUAAGGCAGCUACAGAAAUUUUAAAUUUUAAAAAUCGUACAAAUGGCUUAUGGAGAUUGGAUUUGCAUGGUCUCCAUGCAAAAGAAGCUGUACAAGCAUUGCGUGAGCGUUUGGAGAAAAUCGAAAGUAAGGGCUUGUCAAGAACACAUUUUCCUUCAAAUAAAAAUAAUAAGGAAAAUGAGUUUGUUGAUUCAAUCCAUGCAAAACAAGUUGGGCAUGGGCCAACCGUUGAAGUCAUAACAGGUGUUGGCAAACACAGUCGAGGCAAACCUGUUCUUCCAUUAGCUGUGAGGAGUUUCCUUACCGAAAACAGAUAUCAUUUUGAGGAUAUAAGACCAGGAGCAAUCAAAGUGUGGCCCAACUUCCUUUGA